AGAAUAUCUCCUUAGAGAUUCUUUGAUGUGGAGCCGUCACCACCGGAACAACAGCGGAGAUGAAGCGGUGGGGCGAAGAUGAAGUUUCUUACUGUUUGCUGUAUGUAGUCACUGUCAUCUUUUAUACUAUAAGUGAUGAUGCAAACUGUCCCUUUCAUCCUGGACUCAAAACUAUUGUCUGCUACAUCAAAAGGCACUACAAAGCAAUCUGUUAAAAAAGCAAACUUUUACAGAAAAGUUUUUCCAAAUGUAUGUAUUGAUCAUACUCUACCUAAAAUUGGGAAAGAAGUUCGAGGCAGAAAACUGAAGCCUUUGGCACUUCAAGGAAAAUAUGAAAAUGAUACUCCUGUUCCCACAGAAUUGAAAUUUGCGCAGAAGUUAAAUUCCACUCUAUCAAAGUGUGGUGCUGCUAAUGGAAGUAAACAGCCCCUAAGUAAA